AUUCACAUAAUCAGCUCCCAUUCCGGCCACUAACUUCAGCUCCAAUUCACCUGUUGGCUUAACUCUCGUCUCAGCUUCUUCAUUUCUUCAACUUCAUUUCCAUUUUCAGCAGCUCAGCUUCUUGUUGCACCUUCAGCUUUCCUCUUUUGGCCUUAUCAUUCUGUAAUUGCAUAUCCUUAACCUUCAGCUUCAUAUCAUCACUACUGCUGAUAUAAGAAUUCAUCACAGAUAGCAAAGCAAAAAUUAGAAUGUGGGGGGCUGUUAUUUUCCUUGUAGCUUUGCUUAUUGUUAGAAUUAGCCACUGGUGGUACACUUGGUCAAACCCUAAGAACCAUGGGAAACUACCUACCGGCUCAAUGGGAUUACCCAUCAUCGGGGAGACACUUGACUUCUUCUCGUCCAAUUCUCUGUUUGACAUCCCACCUUUCUUUACCAAGAGAAUGCAAAGAUAUGGUCCGGUGUUUCGAACUAACAUAGUUGGCAAGAAUAUUAUUGCAUCGACUGAUCCUGAAAUCAAUUACGACAUCUUCCAACAAGAAAACAGAUCUUUCUUAAUCUUGUAUACUGAGAGUUUCAUGAAAAUUUUGGGCCGCGAAUGCAUGCUUGUCCACCAUGGAAAUUUUCACAAGUACCUCAAGAACUUAAUUCUUCGCCUUGUUAGCCCUGAAAACUUGAAGGCCACACUGCUUCCUGGAAUGGACGAGGCAACCCGCAAACAUCUUGAUUCCUGGGCUAGCUUUGGCAAUAUUGAAGUGAAAGAAGGGUCUUCAAAGAUGAUAUUCGAAUAUUUUGCAAAGAUACUCAUUGGUUAUGAUGAAGAAAUGGCUCCUAAAGGGAAACUGAGAGAUAAUUUUCAAGCCUUCAUGGAUGGUCUCAUCUCGUUUCCUUUGAACAUUCCAGGAACUGCUUAUCAUGCAUGUUUGCAGGGUCGCAAAAAUGCAUGCGAAGUGAUUAAAGAUACAUUUGAAAAGAGGAAAGCAUCGAAGACUCCUUAUAAAGAUUUCUUGGAUCAGUUACUCAAGGAAGUGGAGCGUGAAGACACAUUCUUAAACGAGCAAAUCGCUAUAAACUUGAUCUUUGUGCUUCUAUUUGCUUCUCAUGAGACUACUUCUGCAGCUUCCACAUUAGCAAUUAAGUUCAUUGCUGAUCAUCCUGAUGUCCUAGAAGAAUUAACGAAAGAACAUGAGGCUAUUCUCAAAGCCAGAGAUAACGACGAGUCUGGGCUAACAUGGCAGGAAUAUAAAUCAAUGACGUUUACACAUAUGGUUAUCAAUGAAACAGUUAGGCUAGCAAAUAUUGUGCCAGGAAUUCUCAGGAAAGUGGUGAAAGAUGUUGAAAUGAAGGGAUACACGAUUCCAGCAGGCUGGAUGGUGAUGGUCGUCCCAGCAGCUGUUCAUCUGAGUACUGACAAGUACGAGAACCCUCUUCAAUUCAAUCCAUGGCGAUGGGAGGGACAAGAGUUGCAUGCAGGGUCCAAGACUUUCAUGGCCUUCGGUGGAGGUAUAAGGCUCUGUGUUGGAGCUGACUUUGCAAAGCUUCAACUGGCAAUUCUCAUCCAUCAUAUGGUCACCAAAUAUCGGUGGUCAGUGACCAAAGGAGGGAACAUUGUACGAAAGCCCGGCCUGAUGUUCCCAGAUGGACUACAUAUUGAAAUCUCAGAGAAGCAGAAGUGCUGAGAAUCUUUGACUAAGAAUCAAAAUCAAUGGAAUAUUGGUGGAGAAAUCAAUGUCUAGUCACAUAUAAUCCUCUAUGUUUUUUCCUUCUUUUUUUUUUUUCCUUGCUUUAUUACUUUUCCCGAUUAACCUGAAAUAGAAAUGUACCCCACUGAUAGGAAGACCAGGAAUAAACAAAAACACUAUCAGACUUGCUUAAAUUCCAUUGCGAAGUCAAAGCUACAUGAAAAUAACCGAUGAAUUGUUAGUUCAGUGUUUCUGAAAUUGACUCUAAGAUUGAGAAUA